UUUUCAAGUCAAGUAUCUGCACUUAGUUUAACCCAGAGAGUCCUUUCAGGUAGAAAGUUCUGCAGUGGUUUCCAAACAUUCUCUUGUAAAGUCAAACAUGUUUUGUUCUAAUCCAAGUAUGAUGAGAAACCAGAACUUGGGGACCUGAUUGAGAUCUUCAGAGGCACCUAUCAGCACUGGGCCGUGUAUGUAGGCGAAGGCUUUGUAGUCCAUUUGUCACCACCCUCAGAGGUCGCGGGUGCGGGUGCCAACCGCUUUAUGUCCGUUGUAGCUGACAAGGCCAUGGUGAGUAAAGAUGAGCUGUGGUCAGUGGUGGGAGACAGCGAGUGGAACAUCAACAACUCCCUGGACAAGAAGUACGAACCCCGCCGGCCUGACGACAUUGUGAGGGAGGCCUGUGCGAUGGUGGGACACGUGCUGCCGUACUGCGUCUUCAGUCAGAACUGUGAGCACUUGGUUAAUGAGCUGCGCUACGGAAAGGCUGAGUCCCGGCAGGUGCGUAAGGCCGGACUCAUGGUCUUGUUGGGCGGUGUGGCGGCAGCGGUGCUUCUGGGAGGCGCCGCGUAUCUGUCCGGUGGCAGCAAAAAAGAAAACAAGAACAACCAGUGAUGGAAGUCGCCGGUCGCCGUUCAGCGACUUGAUGAGCGGAUCCCCGUCAAAGCCUAACUUUUACUCAUUAAGAACACUAUCAGAAAACGCGACCUCAUUUUCACCUGUUUAUUAGACGGUGUAAUCUGCAUCUUGCCUCUUUACCUGCAUGUGACCCUCAAGCCUUCUUUGGUUUGAUCGACAGUACGGCAGCAGUAACCAUGUACAGUAUAAACUGCAAUCAAUAAAUAUAAUAACGCAAAACGUCAAAAAAUAGAUAUAGGUGAAGAACGAAAAAAUAUUUUGAAUUCAAAAAGUUAAAGAUCUGAGUCAAAACUAUAUUCAACCUAAAAA